AUGAGUGCUGCAAUCCAAGCAUGGAUUGAGACAGCAAAGGCAAAGACAGAAGUUGCUAAAGCUAAGGCAGAAAAAUAUAAAAGUUCCUAUAGUGUGGAUGAUAAUAGUAUUGAUAAUGCAAAAGAUUGUUCCAUUGCUACAUGUGUGAGCCUUCUUGAAGCAAUAGAUGGAGUUGACAAUGCUACUUAUCUUAAAGCAAAAUGUAUUGGUGCAAUUGAUGGCACACACAUAAGCGCACAUGUUCCUGCUGAAAAGCAAGUUAGCUAUAGAGGUAGAAAAUCUAUAGUGACUCAAAAUGUUUUAUGUGCAUGCAAUUUCAACAUGAUGUUUACUUUCGUUUAUGCUGGUUGGGAGGGCACUACAAAUGAUUCAAGAGUUUUUCUUCAUGCAAUUACAAAAUCCGAAAAUAAAUUUCCAUUACCUAAAGAAGGUGAAUAUUAUGUUGUUGAUUCUGGAUUUCCAUGUACCAUGGGUUUUCUUCCUUCAUUUCGAGGUGAAAGAUAUCAUUUGCAAGAAUAUCAUGGUAGAGGUCCCCAACCAAGAGGACCAAAAGAAUUGUUUAAUUAUAGGCAUUCUUCACUUAGAAAUGUUAUUGAACGUUGCUUUGGUGUGUUGAAAGUGCAUUUCGAAUUUUGAAAAUGAUGCCACCUUACAAGCAAAGUAGAUAACCUUUGAUAGUUAUAGCUUGUUGUACACUACAUAAUUUCAUUUGAAAGUGGGCACAAAAUGAUGUUAUGUUUACACAAUGGGAAGAAGAAGAACAAGAGAUUGAAGAUGAAGAAGCUAGUACAAGUGGAUCAAACAAGUGUAGAUUUGUCAGACGAAGCAGCAACAGCUAUGGCAGCUUAUCGAAAUCAACUUUAACAAGUAAUGUGGCAUGACUAUGUUAUUCAUAUGUAAAAUUAGUAAUUUAAUGGAUAUUUAUAGCUGGAGAUUUUAUAUUAGACUUAUAAAAUUUAA